AAUAUGACCGCAAGGGGUUUCUGGAGUCAGUUGACGUCGUCGCUCUCGUGAGGCGCGCUGGAGGCAACACGCAGACGUAUUUUUUGGGGAACUUUCGUCGAAAAGGCAUAAUAACGCGAACGCAGUGUUUAUGUUACUAAAAUUCGUCGUAAAAACAUGCUGGAUCCCUGGUUUUAUCACUGGUUCUUUUUUACUUGGUAGCCCGUUAGGUAGUUGAAUAGCCAGCUGGAUCAUUUUUGCAACGCUGCUGCUGGCCAAAACUAAGUUAAUCAAUCUUUCCAGGGAUUUAAGAUCCAACGAUAUUUUAUUGGACCAUUUUGUAAAACGAAGUAAAGCCGUCGUUUGAAUCCUUCCCAUGCCCAGCUAACUAACUGGACUACAGCUAGUCAGCCGGGGCUCGCUGCGCCCAAGCCGGGCGAAGAUUGACGCUGCACGGCGUCACACAACUGAAGAGGAUCGAGGUUAUCAGGCGACAAUGCUUGAAAUAAUGUCCGAGCACCAAGAUUCAUUACUGAAGUGCAAAGCAGAGACUCUGCCAUCAGAGAGAAGAAAGAGGACAGUGGAGGACUUCAACAAGUUUUGCAGUUUUGUUCUUGCAUAUGCUGGUUACAUCCCUUCUCCAAAGGAGGAAAGGCCAUGGUCGCCAGCAUCCUCCAGUUCUCCAAACAGCUCUGGUGCUUCAGGUGAAGGCAGUGUUUUAGGUGGAGCGAGUUCUAACAUGGCUCCCAACUGGAGUCACGGCACGUCAGACUUGCACACCAUCCACACAUUCGUUCGCAAGGCUCGUGCCAAUAAGAGCAGCAAGAGCAUGCGGCGGCUGUCGUCUGACAGCGCCCUGAUGGACAAAAUGUGUUUAAAAGACCCUUUCUAUGAGGGCCAGGUCGCCAGCAAAGCUGAGCGCAAAAAGGACAAGAAGCUGAAGCGUCUUUCUCUUGGUUCAGGCGCUGGUGACAGCAGCAGCAGCGGUGGCGAGAAGCGUGCAAGGAUCAAGCGCAGUAAAAACCCCAAACAGUCCAAAGCCCUUAAGAAGCUUAAGAGCUCGGCCCAAAGCGAGACAGACUCAGAGAACGGUCUCGGGCAUGGAGAGGAGCGUUUGGACCAGGGAGCAGUGACUGAGCGCAGACUACAGGCCCAGGUAAAAGAAGAAAAGGAGGAAGCCACCAGAGAGGCAGAUAUGAGUUCCAGUGAGGGAGAGACUUGGAUAGCGGAUGAAGACAUAAUGGUGGAGUCAGGGGAUGAUUCGUGGGAUUUGAUCACCUGUUACUGUGGUAAACCGUUUGCAGGACGGCCCAUGAUUGAAUGUAGUCAGUGCAGCGUGUGGGUGCACCUCUCUUGCGCCAAAAUUAAGAAGUCUAACGUCCCUGACAUAUUUAACUGCCACAAAUGCAGAGACUCUCGACGGUCAAGUCAUAAAAAAGACACUUAGAUGAGAGUGAUCAUUCCCUCAAAGCUCUGAGUGUUCCCAGUUCUCCAGUUUUUGUAUCCAAAACCAUUUUCGGUUUCAAAAUACAUUUUUUCCUCUCUUUCUAGUUACUCCUUACAUGUUUUACACUCAGUAGUCUCCAUUACAGAGUUCACUGAGAAAUAAUGUUUGAACUGAUCUCUUACCUCCCGAGUUGGUAAUUGAUCUUGGCUCAUUUGUAACUGUUCCAGAGAUAUGUAAGCUAUCCUUGGUCACAUCAAAUUGUCAUUUGUUUAAAAUAAGCAGCUUGCAUAUUUAGUAAGUGACACUUUUUUUUCUUUGUUGGAAAAGUUAGAGAACACAGCCACACUACAUUUUCCCAGAUGUAUACUAUAUUGGUAACUUUGGUACUACAAGAGUCUAUUUCAAAGUUAAAAUAUAUAUAUAUAUAUAUAUAUAUAUAUAUAUAUAUAUAUAUAUAUAUAUAUAUAUAUAUAUAUAUAUAUAUAUAUAUAUAUAUAUAUAAUAUAAAAAUACAUUCAAAAUACUGAAAAAUAUUGUACUGAUUUUGCCAAAGAGCUGCUGUGAGAGAUUGUGUUGACACCGUUGUUACUAAAAAUGUUAUUUCUUAGUGAACUGAUCUUUUUCAUUGAGAGAGGCUUUUGUUUGAAGACUAAUAGAAGUAAUGUGUUAGUCUGAAUGCCAUUUCCUGUAGGUGAUCAUAAGACCAUUCGAAUUACAGCCUCUUCAUUGAAAAUUUAUGUCAGAAAUCACACCCAAAUGGACUUGACCAGUCAGCUAAUGUGUAUUAGAUGUUCAAAUAUAAAGAGCUAUACGAGUCAUUUAAGCAGGGAAUCCUUUCAGUUGCUAUUAUUGAUAUCAAACAUGAAUUUCUUCUAAUUCUACUGGUAAUGUACAGUAUGUUAACCCAUGUACUUUGUCAAAGAAUCUAUCAGAACUGUUUGGUCUUUAAUUAUAUGCACAACAUAGUGUUCCUUUUUUUCUCAAUGUGUUAAAUUUUCGGAAGAUUUGAGUUUAAUAAGAUGUGAAGGCUAGAUGUAGGAGCUUUGCUGAAGCUUUCCUUGAGUAGAAUGGUUGUAAUUAUUGUUUUCAAGACAUGUUUGGGGGUUUCAAACUCUGAGAACUGGUAAAGAUUACUCAUUUAUGCUACGAGCUCUUUCUUUUGAAUUAGUUUGGAGACCAUUGUUUAGAUUUUUUUUUCCCCUUUCUGGUUUAUUUGUGUAGCAAGGGAGACUGGAAAUACCCAAAAGCCAGACCUCUCUUGCUUCAUGUUUCACUCUGUAAAUAUCACAGAUUUUGAAAAGUGUACAUAUGUGAAAGUGAAGAGAAAAGCAAAGCAGAUGGUAUAUAAAUAUAUAUAUUUUUUUUGCAUCCAAUAUUGUUUUCUUUAACUACCUGGAGAAAUAAAACUUUUCUUUAUUGGGCUUAAAACGUCUAAUUUUCCUAAUCUCA